ACGCCCCUCAGUUACCAUAGCAACAACUAACCACCAUGCCUCCCAAAGCCAAGAAGAAAGAUGAUAAAUCCUCUGACAAGAAUGCAGUAGAUGAGAAGUUCAGUCAGCUUGAUAUUACGACAAGUGACGUACGUACCGCUGUCAUAAUGCUGGACACCCCAGAAACGUCAAUAGUCUGUAAAUCCUGCCAGUCACUCCAAAGCUAUAUGGAGAAAUCUGAUCAGAAUUGUAUUGAGUUGCAUGAGCUCAACAUUGUCCCAAGGCUUGUCUCUCUAAUUGCGUCACAGGAGAAAGUCAUUGUUGCUCAUUCUAUUCUCUGUCUUGCUGCAAUGUCCAGCCACCUUGUUGUGAAACGGUCCUUACUAAAACUACCAGUCAUCCCUCCGUUGCUUAGCCUGCUCAAACCUGAUGAAGAGCUUGUAAUAUUGGAAAGAGCUGCCUUUAUAGUAUCGCAUUUAGCAGACGAGUACACUUUCAAGCAGCAGCUAGAAGAGGGCGGGGUCUGUCAGUUAUUGAUCGGUUUGCUGUCUCACGGAGAUUGUGACGUUACUAAAAACGCGAUCAAAUCUCUUUCGUUGUUGACACAGUAUUACAAAAGUAGAUACAGCUUUGAAGAAAACAAUGGUUUUCCUAACGUGUUACCAUUAUUGUCUUCUGAGUAUGCGAUAAUUCAAGAGCUUACUCUACAAACUUUGCACAAUUGUCUUCAAGAUGGCCAGUGUAGAGCUGCUUUUAAAAAGGCAGAUGGACUCGCAAAACUUAUGGACUUCUUAUCAACUAAAGAAUGGGACGAUUUACAUGUACUAGCUAUUAAUGUCCUCUCGCUGUGUUUGCUUGAGGAGGGAGGAAUGGAGGCACUCCAUUCUUCAGACUGUCUUCAACGACUGCUCAAAUGCAUACAAGACUCUCAAGUACCACAGAUGAAAAUAAAUGCCACCAUAGCAGUUUCAAGGGCAGCAUCGGACAGCAUGAGUUUGAAAAUCCUCCACGAGCAAGAUGCAGAGAAAGUCUUCAUCAGCCUCCUAUCAUCAUCAGACGAGGGGCUACUGGUUGCAGCCUGUGGAGCACUGGCAGGCCUCUCUUCUCUAACCACUAGCCGACAACUUGUUGGUAAAGAAGGAGGGAUAAAAGCUCUGGUUCAGCUAUUACAAAAUGCCAGUGCCUCAGUUAGAGGUGCUGCUGUUCAUUGUCUGGCAUUUGAAAUUACCGACACACCCAGCAAUAUAAAUUUAGUUAGUGAAGCUGGUGGAGUGGAGCCCAUCGUUUCUUUGCUGUCGGAUGAUUUAGCUGCAACUCGAGUACACGCAAUCAGUUGUAUUAUCAGUAUGACCACCAAUGGUGCUAUAAGAGGAGAGCUGAUAGAACAAGGUGUAAUGAGUGGACUAGUCUCUUGUAUGCCUCAUGUUGAUACAAGAGUACAGCAGAUGAGUCUUGAGGCAAUAGCACUACUAGCAAUUGAAUCAUCUGCCAGAGAACAAUUUCCAUUGGAGGAGGUUGAGUGCUUGUUGGAGCUACUACUGUCUGGCAAUACUAAUGUCUCAAUGACUGCAUCAUGGGCUGUAUCAAUGCUAGCCUACAACAAGCAAAUAGGAGAUGCUAUAUUUAAGAAUCAAGGUCUUGAAAAGUUGCAGCAACUAUCGAACUCUCCUAAUCAAAAAAUACAGAAAUAUGCCAACCUGGCAAAGAAUCGUCUCCUAUCUGGCUCACCAGCAGCCCUGUACCAUGUUACCGGUCACCUAUCGACCAUUGACACCAUUGUAGGGGUAGAGUUCUGGGACAUGGGCAUGGCAGAGAGCAAUAAAGGAUUUGUACCUUUACAAGAACUUAUUGGAAAGCCAGCAGAACUUAAUAGGCCUAUAUUAACUGUGUCUCUAAUUAAUCAAACAACGAAUCCUUCAGUUAAUGAUGAUAGCAGUAGCACAGGGGGCGGAGAGAGUGGAGGAGGGGGCGUGGCUAGCAGAGAAGAGUCCAUAGUCGAUAAUACGAAAUCACGAUCAGGCGCAUCAAGCAAAGUUAAAAAAGCGAAAAGUGAGAAAUUGGACGACCUGACUGUAGAGGAGCCAGAGUCUCAGCCACGCCCACCAGAGGGAGUCCUUCCUCCUGAUUCAGGACUGAUGGAACACAUGACUCACGUACAACGAAACAUACAACCACUGGCAUCAGUACAGGACCAAGCAGAGAGGCUAGCUAUUUAUGUUUCUCAAGUGAUGGGUGGGGCCGUCAGUCGCAGCACUAGUAUACCACAGGACCUUCCAAUAUCAAAAAUACAAACCAUUAAUCGUACAAACCUCGUCCCAAUCGGCAACAUCAAUAAAGGAUCAUUUCAACACCGCAGUCUCCUUUAUAAAGUACUAGCAGACGCUAUUGGUAUCCCGUGCACACUCACUCGUGGAGAGUAUGGAAGAUAUUGGAACACGGUCCUCGUUAACGAGGGGGAGUGGCUCAUUGAUCUGAUGUACACGCCCGGUAAAUUAUUGGGAGAGCAAGAAGCGAGCUAUUACAAAUCAAUUUAAACUUUACAUGUAUUUUAAUAAUAAUAACAAUAAUAAUAAUGAUGAUACAUGUAAUUAUAAUAUUAUAUAGAGCUUGAAAUUAUUAUAAUAAUUACAUGAUUGUUUUAAGUAUUAUCUUUUUCUCAUUGAAU